UCGCCGAGGAGGAGCUUGCCCAAGGCUGCUCAAGCACAAGGCUAAGUCAGAGGAUUCUGGCGCCUCUGACACAGCUCACGCGCAUCUCUCUCUUUACUCAGGGCUGGUGCACAACUGUCAGGCGGAGGAAUGCCAGCAGUUCUGCGCAAGAGACGCUCCAGGCACUCGCCAUCAACCUGUUCCAGAUCCAACACGGCACAGCCGGACACAGUACCCGAGGAGCAAGUGUGCAUGCUGUGCCACCGGACCGAGGCAGACACCGACAUCUGUGGGUACAAGAGAAUGAAGUUCAAACUCUGUGUCCACAACUACUGCCAGCUUCUUGCCAGUGGGCUUUUCCCACAAGAGAACACGGAAGACUUUCUCGUUGGAGACACCAGGCACGUCAUCAAAGAAGCAGCCAAGAAGAGCUGCUUCAUUUGCUACAAGAUGGGGGCCAGCAUCACCUGCUGUGAGACGGGCUGCGACCGCACCUUCCACCUGCCCUGCGCCCCAGACGGCGAAUGUGUCACCCAGUACUUCGGGGCCUACAGGUCCUUCUGCUGGGAGCACCGCCCACAGCAGGCAGUGCACGCUCGUCCAAGCCAGGACAACACCUGCAGCAUCUGCCUGGACACCGUGGAAAACAGAAUCUCCUACAAAACCAUGGGCUGCCCUGCAUGCCAAGACGCCCGCUUCCACCGGCAGUGCAUCCAGAGACUGGCUCUGCACGCUGGCAUCGGCUUCCGAUGCCCGUGUUGCCUGAACCAAGAGCCAUUCAUGAUGGAAAUGCUCACCAUGGGGAUCCGACUCUCCAAGAGGUUGGGUUUUCUCCUCCCAGCUCACAAGGUACCCCCAUCAAGGGAGAGUGUCCAAGCAGUCACACCCUUAGGUCAGAGGCAUGGCCGCUGCGAUGCCGAAACGUGCCUUUGUCCAGGAGGCAGGGAGCACGCGGAGGAAGAGGGACCCUGGCAACUGAGGCUGUGCAGCUCCUGCGCUGCCGAGGGCACCCACAGACACUGCUCCUCUUUGGGGAACAGCACCUACUCCUGGGAGUGCCACACCUGUGCUGGCACGGAGACUGGCUCCACUGGCAAACCAGAGCUUGUCAGCCCCAGCACUUCCAGCCAGGAAUUAUCAAUGCCCUCCCAGGGUGUGUUGCUCCUCAACAGCAGCUGCUUCCUUCGCCCUCGGCAGGCCUUGAAGCGGCGCUACCCUGAGGAAGAAAUACCAUCACGGACAACGUACAGCCCUCCUGCAAAACGCCGCAGGAUCGAUGAUGGCCCAGCCCACAGUGCCAAUGAAAGCAGCCCCAGCACUUCCAGCCAGGAAUUACCAAUGCCCUCCCAGGGUGUGUUGCUCCUCAACAGCAGCUGCUUCCUUCGCCCUCGGCAGGCCUUGAAGCGGCGCUACCCUGAGGAAGAAAUACCAUCACGGACAACGUACAGCCCUCCUGCAAAACGCCGCAGGAUCGAUGAUGGCCCAGCCCACAGUGCCAAUGACAGCAGCCCCAGCACUUCCUUACAGGCAGUGUCGAGGCUGCCUGAAGGCGCUUUGGCCAUCAACAGUCAGGCAGCACGGCCACGACGUCCAUACAGGCCUCCAUGGCUCUUCCACGGAUCCAAAACAGACAACCGCUCCCAG